AUGGUUCGAGAGACAGCGGAGCAUGGGUAUUCCUGCCUGCCCACUUUUUCGUACAUGAUCAACGCUCUUAGUGUUGGCACUACCUAUUCCAUCAUAGUGAACAAGAUCGAUUGUAGGUUUAUGUACUACUUUUUAUCGUUGGGCCCUUACAUUAGGGGAUUCUCCCACAUGAGGAAGGUUAUUACAGUCGACGACACUCAUUUAUAUGGCAAGUACGAGAGCAUACGGCUAAGCGUGGUUGCACAGAAUACGGAGAACCAUAUUUAUCCCAUUGCCUUUUGCGUCGUUGACAAGGAGAACGAUGCAUCUUGGACAUUCUUCUUUGAGAAACUGAAGCCUAUUGUGGUCGAUGGACCAGAUUUAUACUUUAUCUCUGAUAGGCACAAGAGCAUCGCUAACGGCAUCGCGAAGGCGUACAAUGAUGCUCAUCACAGGUACUGCAUGAGGAACCUAGGUGAAAAUCUCUGGGUAAAUCAUCACUGCGGAGAACACCUCUAUCUAUUCUACAAUGCGGCAAAGGCAUAUUCUUCCGAGGAGUUUAGUGACCAUUUUAUGGAAUUCAAGAACUACUGUCCCGAGGUAGCCUUUUUCCUCGAGCAUGAGCUUGGUUUUGAGAAAUGGAGCAGAGCAUAUUUCCCCGGCAAUAGGUUUGAUGUGAUGACCACAAAUAUUGCCGAGUUGGUGAAUGCUAUAUUGAUUGACGAAAGGGAGUACCCCAUGGCAUCCAUAUUCAAUUCGAUUGCCAAGAGGUUUGAUGAAAUAUUCAGGGAGAGGUGUGCCUACGGCCUCAAAUGUAAGGAUAACAAAUUUGUUCCGACCGCCAAAAAUAUCUUAAGAGACAAUAUGAGCGAGGGUGACUCCUUCUAUGUGGAGAAUAUAAGCGGGGACAAAAGGCAAUACACUAUGUUCGGAAGUGGCUGUACGGUGAAAGUCGACCUACUAGAAAGGUCGUGUUCUUGCAGAAAGUUUGACUUGGUCAAAAUACCAUGCGUUCACGCGAUGGCUGCUUUGCGAUUGAAGCAUGGUGAAUAUUAUGGUUUGAGAGUCUAUGAUUACUCUUCGCCCAUGUAUAAAGUGGAAGAGUACCUCCUUGCGUAUUCAGAAUCAAUUAAUGUUUUCCCUUUGGAGUACGAAUGGCGCAUGCCAUAA